AUGCAAAAUGAACAUUCAUUACCAUCAUCGAAUGAAAGUAGUAAUGAUACCAUAUCAUCUACAUCUAAUGCCAUAGCUAAAGAUUUAUUAAAUCAUAAUCAUCAGAUAAAAAAUUAUCAACAUGUACCGAAGUCUGCAUUAUCUACGAAAACUAAUCCGUCAUACGUACGAGGAUCCCAAUGGGCGAAUUCGAAUAAGAUGAUUGAACGUAAACCAAAACGUGUAAAGUUGAUCGGUAAAAAACUGACAAAACGUGAAUUGCGACCUAAGAGAAAAUGUGAAGCAAGACGAGACGAUAAAACAGAAUCCCAUGAUGUUAAACAACUUUUGGAAAAACAAGUUCGUGAAUUAGAAUUCAAACAACAUAAUUUAUUGCAAGAAGUCCAAAAGCUGCAGUUAUAUAAAGAACAACUUGAAUUAAAAUGUGCACAAGAAUGUCCAAGUUAUAAACUAAUGCGAUGA